AAUAAAAUGUCAUCUGGUCAUCUGUGCGCUACUCUUCGGAUUGUUAUCAAAAAUAUUUUAUCCUAGAUAAAACCACAAACAUGAACUUAAGAACACUUAUAUUUUAAACGUUUAUCGGCCAAGUGCCGCAAAUUGUUCAUAAACAACAAUAACAAUGCUGACUUAUCGUGUUUAUAUGCAGAUAUUCAUAUAUGUGUCCUGGUUUAUUAUUUUUAAUAAUGCAUUUUAUGUGCCUGGCGUUGCACCAGUGGAAUUCAAAAAAGGACAGAAAAUAGAAGUUAAAGCCGUUAAGAUGACUAGUAUACACACACAGCUUCCUUAUUCUUACUACUCUUUACCUUUAUGCUUACCCAUAAAUGGGUCAUUUGUAUAUAAAUCUGAGAACUUAGGCGAAGUCUUAAGGGGUGAUCGUAUAGUAAACACACCAUAUAAAGUUCAUAUGGCAGAAAACAUUAAAUGUAGACUUUUGUGUCAUAAAGCAAAUGAUCCUUUGAACUGGAGUGUAGAAGAAUCUGAAAAAGUCGCAAGUCGAAUUGAACACGAAUAUUUUGUGCACCUGUUGGUAGAUAAUUUACCAGUAGCGACAAAGGUGAUUAAUAGAGAAACAUCUGAGAAGACUCUGGAACAAGGUUACAAACUCGGGUUUAUGUCCAAAGGCAAGGCAUACAUAAAUAAUCAUUUGAAAUUUUUACUGAAAUAUCACCGACAUAGCCAUGAUUCAUAUAGGGUGGUAGGAUUUGAGGUUGAAACAUAUUCAAUAAAUAAAGAUGAAUAUACAUUUAUUGAUGAUUCUUGUAUAUUUGGAUCUGCUCCGAAGCCACAACUGGUCAAUGAAGACACAGGCACAAAAUUAUACUUCACAUAUGCUGUUGAAUGGGGAGAAUCAGACAUUCAGUGGGCUUCUAGGUGGGAUAUCUACUUAGGCAUGAAAGAUGUUCAGAUACAUUGGUUUUCUAUUAUCAACUCCCUUGUUGUGUUAUUCUUUUUAUCAGGAAUUCUAACAAUGAUAAUGGUACGCACAUUAAGGAGAGACAUAGCGAAAUAUAAUUCAUUUGAAAAUAUUGAAGAUAUGAUCGAGGAGACUGGUUGGAAAUUAGUACAUGGUGAUGUCUUUAGACCACCUCCUAAACGGAUGCUAUUUGCUGCUGUAAUUGGCAGUGGAAUCCAAGUAUUUUUUAUGUCUCUUAUUACAAUCUUUAUUGCAAUGUUGGGCAUGCUAUCGCCAGCCAGUCGUGGAGAAUUAAUGACAGUUGCUAUAUUCCUAUACGUUUUCAUGGGUCUGAUAGCUGGAUAUUACUCAGCUCGACUGUAUAACACAAUGAAGGGAAAACAAUGGAAACAAGCCGCAUUUCUGACCGCCACACUAUUUCCAGCUAUUGUGUUUGGAACAUGUUUCUUUUUAAAUUUCUUUAUUAUGGGUAAACAUUCCAGUGGCGCUGUGCCAUUCUCUACAAUGAUGGCCCUUUUAUGUCUAUGGUUUUGUAUAUCUUUGCCCCUGGUAUAUUUAGGAUAUUACUUUGGAAUUAGAAAACAGCCGUUCCAACACCCUGUUCGCACUAAUUUUAUACCAAGAAAGGUACCAGAACAAGCCUGGUAUAUGAACAUUUUUAUAUGUGUAUUAAUGGCGGGUAUACUUCCAUUUGGAGCAGUUUUUAUAGAGUUGUUUUUCAUAUUUAAUGCACUUUGGGAAAACCAGUUUUAUUAUUUAUUCGGAUUCUUGUUUUUGGUGUUUUGUAUAUUGGUCGUUUCUGUUUCCCAAAUAUCAAUUUGUAUGAUUUACUUGCAGCUAUGUGGAGAGGACUACCAUUGGUGGUGGAAGAGCUUCAUUGUGUCCGGGGGAUCAGCCGUAUACAUAUUAGUGUACUCAAUAUUUUACUUUUUCACUAUGCUGGACAUUACUGAAUUUAUACCCACAUUAUUGUACAUAGGAUACACCGGACUAAUGGUCAUAACAUUUUGGCUUCUCACCGGGACUAUAGGAUUCUUCGCUGCUUAUUCAUUCGUUAGAAAAAUAUACAGCGCUGUGAAAAUCGACUGAAGAAUUUUGUGCUUAAUAAUCUUGUACCAAAGGACUUUAAAAACAUGAUGUUUAAAAGUGAUGUUUAUGAAGAAUUUUAGAUGAAUUACGCACACAUAAAAAUAUCUGACAGCUCAAUAACACUGUGACCUCUAGAUAAUACAUCUACAACCUCUCAGAUAUAGAUACCUUUUUCGUUCUCACGUGAUUUAGAUAGCCUUAGUGUAUGGGAUACAUACAUAAAGGCUUUAAACCCUAGAUAGCCUAUAGUUGUACAAACUGUUUUAAUUAAACAUUACAGAACUAGUCUUGGUGUGUGUUAUGAAUGAAAGUAGGCCUAUUAUUAUGAUUAUUGAGUAUAUACUUAAGAUCAACUACAUGUAAUAUUAAUUUUUAUGAGAAUUAUACAUAUUGUGUUACCAUGAGAAUCAACGCCGCCUAACUACAUUUACGACAAUAUUAAGUUUUUAUGAUUUCAAUGUUUAUUUGAAACAUUCCGCUUACAAAGUAAGUUUACACUAAUAUAAACACAGUAUAAUACACAAAUACCGCCAGAACCCACGGGACUAAAUCAUGGACCGGAUUAAGUGUCGCCGGCAGCGCAAUCUUCAUCAUGUCAGUUCCUAGUGCCAUUAACUGCCACUGAGCUACGGCUGUAUUGCUCACCUGACAGUGGUCUUCACAAUAAUGUUCACAUGGUAAAUGAUGCCUCGGUUACUGAUGACAAUAACACGCUAUUAAAUUAUGUCACAAAAGAGAAUAAAAUUUGUUAUAUCAAUGAAGUUAUAUAAUCUAAAAUUGCAAAAUUAUUAUCAAAUAUGAUAUAUGAACAUGAUAUUUGUUCCCUGAUAAUAGAUGAUUUUUUUUUAAAUUUAAUUAAUCAUAUGGGGUGAUCUUAAGUGAUGUUACAAAUAAUAAUAAUAUAAGUUAUAGUUAUUUAUGCAACGGUAUUAAAACACGAAUUUCGCCGACGAGUGUGAUAAUAGCAUCACAAGACUGUUUUAAUACCUAAUUAUCAACAGUUGCAUACAAGACUAUCUACACCCAUAAUAUGAAUCCUCUAUAAAAGAUUCUGAAACAUUUAGCUUACUGCUAAUAUUAAAUAAGCCAAUCCUAGUAACAAUUACAGCAUCCAAACGAGUGUUGUAAUAAUUUAAAGCAUGGGUGUAGAUAAUAGUUAUUUAUGCAACAGUAAUAAUCGGUAUUAAAACACGAAUGUGGAUUUAUCACACGAGGCGAAGCCGAGUGUGAUAAUACUAUCAAAUGAGUGUUUUAAUACCUAAUUAUCAACAGUUGCAUACAAGACUUUAUCUACACCCAGAACAUGAAUCCUUUAAAAGUUUCUGGAAAAGUUAGCUUACUGCUAACAUUAAAACACCAGUCCUCGUAGUAACCUAAUAUCAUACAUUACUGAUUAUAUACAAAUAAACUAAGUAUUAAUGAAACAAUUAUUUAUUUUUGUAGUAAUUAACAUUUUGUAUAGUGCAAUAAUUAAAAUUCACUACAAUAUAAUGUUCUUUUGCAGCGUUUAAAAUGAAUCGCUCGUUUUUUGUAAACAAACCAGUAAAAAUAUUGAAGAAAAAUGGCGGGGAUUCGAAUAACCUACUUUUUUUUUUACGGCGUGCGACGUUCUGGUAGUGUGGAACGCGCGUAAACGAAAUGUUCUUUUUUUUUUAAAUUCAUACAGAUACCACGCAUCGAGCAAUAAGAAUGUGGCUGUCUGUUGAAACUCUUUGCGCAUGAAGGGAUCGAAAAAAAACAUAGGAGUGUUGUUAUGAAAUUCAGUACAACAUUACAACACUCGUUUGGAUGAUGUAAUGGUUAUUAGAACAUUGGGUGUUUUAAUGUUGGCAAUAAGCUAACUGUUUCAGAAUCUUUAAUAGAGGAUUUAAAGCAUGGGUGUAAAAUAAAUUACAUCACAUUUAGGUGGUUCUUACAAAAUGAUUAAUUAUAUCUGUUAAAUCUUAUAAACUUAUUAUUGUAAAAAUGUAGUUCAGCAAGUAUGGAUCUCAUGUGGUGUGUUGUUGUUCUUAGAUCUGAUGUUUGAUAUAAUGUCUCUGUCCGCGCCCUAGAUAUGUUUAGUAAUAAUUUAUGUCAGCCCAACAAACCCAUAAAAAUGUUAUUUUUUUUUAAAUGAAGUCGGCAAAUUUCGCUCUCCUACUCGUUUUGCCUACCUACCUCACCAGUGCUUAAAAUUAAAGCAAUCUCGACUGCAGUAGGUAUAUUGUUGUAACAGACAUGCGUGACUUUUGACGGCUGUAUUUUAGCCGAUUGAGUGAGACUGGACUGUGGAACUCACACAAUUCUUCUUAACUUUUAAACUUAUUUAUGUCCGAUGAGCACUUUCGUUUGAUAUUGAAUGAGACAGUCGUUACGCUUGGCUAUGUAAGGCUCAUUUGGGUAAAGUCUGGUCUAGUCGACUAAAGGAGUGCGAGAGAAAAAAAUAUCAGAACUAAAUACAUAAUUUAUUUAGAAUGUUAAUGUCAUUACUCUAUGAAUAAAGAAGAAAACAAUCUAUGUCGUAUUGUUCUCUCGCUUCUUGAUAAAGUUUUCAAUUCUGUGGUCUUUGUACACACUGUUUCAUUUUUAUUCAACUGUCACUAUUUUGGAAUUUUUUAUUUUAUUUAUUCGUAUUUAUUUUUAUAGCGGCAGAGGCCAUGUGAAAAUUUCGGCCGUCUUACUAUCGCGGUUUACAAGGUACAUUCGCUGACAUUCAGACGGACAGACAUAGUUAUAUGGUUCCAGUUAAAUUGGUUACGUAACCGAAGGUUGUUGGGUUUUCGUAAAUUCCAAACAUAUUGACAAUAAUUGACAGUCAUAAGAAACAGAGUAUGUUAAAUACUUAUUUUUUGUGAAUGCGGCGAAUAGUUAAUGGCUCCAGAAGAAAUUAAUAAAGUUCAUUAAUUCAGGC